UCAGUAGAUUGCUGGUGCACUUCACAGACAUCAGUGGUCAUCAUUUCGAUUGGAUCUGUCUCCUGAAUGCGUUGGUGGCUGCUGUGAACAGUGUUUCCAGCACACUAAUGCUACUAUCAAGCACUCUCCAUCGGCAGUGAGAGCACCGGAGCGAGGCCCGGCCCUCAUUAUGGGAAGUAGCUUACCUAGAAGCGUUAGCGUUUAGGGGGUUGCAUUUGUGUUGAUGGGAGGCUACGGAGGAGUGGAAAGGUAUACUUUGCCGUGUGUACCAUCGCUGGCUUCUCAUAUGCACUUAGGCUACACUGUAGAGCAAAUGGAUAGAUGUUUUCCUCCUCACUCAGUCAAGAUUUCUGUCUCUCGGGAUAUUUGACUCCACAGGAAUUUGGACUAAACUCUUCAAUCAUCUGAACUCAGAUGGAGGAAGAACAUGUGGAGGGACUGGAAAAAGCUUCUCUGGCCAACUGUGAUGUGGUAGUCGGAGGUUCGCAGUCCUCUCAGCUGAAAGGGAAGGGGAAACUGUCGUCUCUAGGCAAAAUCUUCAAACCCUGGAAGUGGCGGAAGAAAAGAACCAGCGAUAAGUUCCAGGAUCUCUCCAAAGUUUUAGAGAGGAAAAUUUCCACCAGACAAACCCGUGAGGAACUAAUCAGGAAGGGGGUUCUUAUUGCAGACCAAGAGGAUGCAGUGAGCACAGAGACUCUAAAUGGACAUGCAGUUCCCAGUGGAGUUACAGAAGAGGUCAAAGUGGACAUUGAGUCCCCAGAAACUCCCGCUGAGGAGAAGACUGUGAUUACGCCAGAGGCUGAUGACACAGAAGAGUGCUCUGGUCCCGUCUCUGCUCCUGUAAAAAAGAAAGAAAACACAUGCAGCCCACAGGCCAGUGCAUCAGGAGCUCAGAGACCCACUGCUAAAAAACAACAGGCCGCAUCCAGCAAGGCCUCGGGCGGGGCGACAGGCACAGGGGUGAGGAAGGAUGCCAAGACAGGGGUUAAAAAGGUGCAGAAGGGCACGAGUAAACAGGCUUCUGCUCCUCCACCCAAACAAAAUACACGAACCACAGCUCGUGGGAACGCUAAAUCUGCCACUCCUAAGAAAACUGCUGGCUCAUCUAAGAGUUCCUCUCAGGCCUCUUCAACAACCAGUGUGAAGAACGCUAAAGAUGGCACCUCUGAACUGACUCCAGCAGAGAGUAAGACUGGAAAGAAAGCCAGAUCACCUCAGCCCCGUUCCAAAGCCUUGGCUGGGUCUGAAAACCCAGCUGAGGGCAACUCUUCCACUAAAGACCAAAGACAUAGCCGCCUGGCUUCCGGUGCUGAUGGGAAGUCCGUUAAGGAGACGUCUCAGGUUGGUGAAGGUGCUAAGAAACGGUAUGAAUUGUCGGCGCCGGAGAGAAGUCAGCAGCAUGUAAACAAAGCUACAGAAGAGACGGCAUUUACAGAAAAUGCACUUUCCUCAGACACACCAGGAGACAAUCAGAGCACAGAGAAAAUAACCGAGGACAUGAGGAAUGGAGCAGAUGGUGAACAAGAAACUGACGGAAGUAGGAAACAGCAGGGUGUCAAUGUGGAAAGUCCAGAAGUAACAGUUAUCCCUAAUGCCGUUAGAGAGACGGCAGCUAGUGACUCGGACUCAGACGGGCCCAUACUCUAUAAAGAUGAGGAAGAGGAGGAUGAAGACGAUGAGUACACCUCCAGCUCCCUUGCCAGUAAAAUCCGCCGCAGAGACACGCUUGCCAUCAAACUCGGCAACAGGCCCAGCAAGAAAGAGCUGGAAGAGAAGAAUAUCCUUCCGAGGACGUCAGAGACGGAGAGACAGGAACUGCGGCAGCAGAUAGGCUGUAAACUAGUGAGACGACUCAGCCAGAGGCCCACCACUGAAGAGCUGGAGCAGAGGAACAUCCUGAAACAGAAGAAUGUGGAAGAGGAGCAUGAAGCCAAGCAAGAAAUUAAAAGGCGGCUUUCUCGGAAGCUGAGUCUCCGGCCCACAGUCGCCGAGUUAGUAGCACGGAGGAUCUUGCGGUUUAAUGAGUAUGUAGAGGUGACUGAGGCGAAAGCCUAUGAUCGGCGUGCUGAUAAGCCCUGGACCAGGCUGACACCCGCAGACAAAGCUGCUAUACGCAAGGAACUUAACGAGUUUAAAAGCAAAGAGAUGGAAGUUCAUGAAGAGAGCAAGCAAUUUACCAGGUUCCAUCGUCCGUGAGAGGCUGGAAUGGCGCCUGCACCGUUCUCCCCUCUCUCUUUCUCUCUCUCUCUCUCUCUCUCUCUCUCUCUGUCUCUCUCUCUCCCUCUUCCUUCCGGAUCCUUCACUCCAUUAUCCACAGUGGGGCCAACAGUCAAGCUCUGUGUCACACACUGACACAUUCCGGUCAUUGUGUCUCUAAACAUCAUCUAGUACUUGGGUGAAAUAGAGGACAGCUGAAAUGCCAGCGAGAGAGACGUCUGUGCAAGAACAAACAUGAUCAGGUGCCUUGCUCUGUCCCUGGCUUUGUUUGCACACACUAAGGACAAGAUGACAUGUUUUUUUUUUUCUUUGAUUUUUUUAUUGAAGGAUUCCCAGUAUGCCUCAGGACAUGUAAUGGCAUAUACAGUAACUUCUCGACACACCAUUCUGUAAGUCUUUGUGCCGAGGACAUGGCUUUUUUUUUUUAAACGUAUGACUGAUUUUAUAACAGUGUUACAACGUGAAGUCCCAUAUUACUUGUGAAUAUUCAUGCAUGUGAAAAAGCAUUUUAAAAAUGAUAGUCACCCACUGAACUCAUACCAUUUCUUUAAGAAACUUCAAACAGGAAGUCUUUUACACAAUUACAAAUGUUUAUUCACAUUAUUAUUAUUAUUAUUAUUAUUAUUAUUAUUAUUAUGAAUGGUAGCAGUUGUAAAGGAAAUCUGAUUUGCUUUGUGCCUUUUUCUAUUCCAUCUAAUAAGCUGUUUCGGGUGUCAGCUCCAUUCGAGCAUAUGUGGUGCAGAUGCUCUUUAGUUUUCAUAGCUUUAUAGUCUUAUAGUUAUUGUCUCCAUUGAUUUGGCCUUGGGCAAAACAGGCUGUACAUUAUAAAUGCUGUAUUGACUACAACAGGGCUGAAUCAUCACUCCAUUACUCCACUUGGACUAUGGGAAAUGCUCAACUAUUCAACAUGCUGGGUUUACACAGAUAGUCGCAUUUUUGCAUUUGUAUUUGAUUGUUUGUGUUCUCUGUGGUUUUCUCCACAAAUCAAGCCUCAUCUCAUCAUUUCACUUCUGCACCACCUACUUCUCAUUGCACCCAAACGGGUGAAAAACUCCAGAUCUGUUUGCUGCUGCGAGCAUAGCCAUACUGCAUUAUAUUGUGAUAUGUUGUGGGAUCAAAUUUUUUACGUUACUGUUAUAAGACGAUGUUACCACAAAUGUACAUGUGUGAGAGGUCGGGAGUAUUAUUUUGUCAUUGCAAACAGGUAUCAUGGAGAAAUAUUUAAAUUAUUUUUAAUCAGUUAUUGUACAGAAUGUGCAUAUAAUACAUGUGAAUACAUCCAAUAUGCUGUAAA